AUGGGAGGCAUGUCUCUUACCAGUCCUGACUAUCCGGAGGGGUUUCCCAUCAACGGAGAGCAGUUUCAUUAUCUCGUCAAGUACGGCCAUGUCGACUUUUCAGAUAUGGAACCGAUGAAAAUUGGCGAGAGGAACGCUUCUGAUGAUCUGUCGCGGUUCCUGACUUUGUGGCAAGCCAUUUGGUUCUCGGUCAUUGAGAUUCAACGUAUGGCGCAUGGCCUCCCUAUGAUAGCACUCGAGCUUACCGCCUUGUCAUAUGUAUACAUCCUGGUGGGGUGCCAGAUUUGCUGGUUCAAGAAGCCUUCCAUCUCAGUCCCAAUGCGCAUCCAAACCAAAGACGACGUAAUGAUUCAGCAGAUUCGAAUGUGGGCUAAGAAGCAUACCCAUCAUGAUCUCCCUGAAGACCCCCAAGCAUGGUACCGGACACCCGUGGAUUUUAUCAGUGGACCGCGAUGGCAAAUCGGCAUCCACUGGGCAUACUAUACCCGGUGGUUGGAAAUCCUGUGUUCCACUCUACAGUCGCCCCAUCAAAUCCAAGCUAUGGGACACCUUUCCGUCUGA